UCAACUCUAAAUUGUUACUACGUGUCUUCUUGCUGUGUUUUCAAUUUAGACGUUCCUUUUUGUUUAUCUUCCUUUGACCAAAUUUGAUCUGGGUGUGUUAAUAUUUUCUUCUUUCUUCACUUGGGUUUGUUAUUGAUGUUCGAUUUCCUAUUGCUUUGAAAGCCCCAAUAAUUUAAAUCGUUGUACUUCGUUGGGUGAAUUUGUUUGCCUUGUUCUUUUUGGAUUGUGAGGAUACUGUUCCUCAGUUAUUCCUAGCAGAUUUUUGUUUAGGUAUUACAACUAGGCAAGUACUGGUUAAAAACAUAGGCAUCUGCUUUCCAUUGAACACAACCUUCACUAAUUAAACCAUAUGAGCGCCAAUAAUGUCCCAGAACAAGGUGUUGAAACCAUCAGGGCCAGCAAUAUUGUCAUUUCCUUUGCUGAAAAGAUCUUGACAGGAAUACCUUGUAGCUUGUCAUAUGUUAUCGUCCCCUUCAAUCCACUGAUCAUUCACAUUGACUCUAUGGAUAUGUAAUAUCUUCCUUAUUCCUCUAACUUGCUGUGAAAGAACAUGGUAUUUCCAUCCCCCUCGAGUUGCCAUUUAAAGUUGACUUUUUGUUUCUGUUUUUAUUUCCAGAAACUACCAACCAUUUUGUGAUGAAUUAUUAACUCUGCUUUAGCCUUGUUUAGGACCAUUCUAUCCUUUUGUUUGAGAGAGUUAACAUAAUUAGCUUUGUAUUGAUUUACUUUCUCCUUCAGAGCCUAUUAAAAGACAGCAAUUUUAGGUUAAUGUUGCUGUUUUACUUGGCGUUUGUUAUAAUGAUGCUUAUAAAGUUAAUGCAUUUUAUAGGUAUGCGAGUUAAAUUUUGUUAAUAAGUUGUUUAAUCUAACCACACACAUUUUGAUUCUAUAAUUUUUUAGAGGUAGAUGUAGUGUACACAUAACAUUGUUUUUUGAAAGUAUAUUUUGUUAGAUUGCUUUUUUGUAUGAUAUAAAGAAAAACAAAAACUAAGUUACUUACCUCAUGAAAUCUAUCUGAUUUACUUGAUUCAAAUUUAUUCAAAAACACAUAACAAUCUUUUUUUCAUCACUAGAAUUAGUGAUGUUAUGCUUGUGUAAAUUCAUGUGGAGUAGAGAGAGAAGUUAAAAGACACUCUUUUAUCAAGGACAUGGCUCUGUUAAACACAUCAGCCUUUUUUAUUAUUGGAGUUGCGAUAGAUAUGCAAUGCUGAUGUAGAAUAUAGUGUCUAAAAUACAAAUACAAUGGCUCUCCCUUCAUCUCUUUUUCUUUCUACAUUUAAGUCGUUCCCGCUUGAGAAACAACCACUUGAAAUAUUCAACGUCUUGAUUAGAUAUUAUUUAAGGGUGACUAUUAUUUCAAAAUUUAUGUUGGUAUGCUCUGUCCUUACAAAUGAUACCUCCAAAAGACCCCUGAUCAUGUUCUUUUUAUAUAUAUAUAUAUAUAUAUAUAUUUAGACUACAUUAAAUCUUCUGUCCCAGCAUUGGCAAAUGGUCUACCAAGAACAAUCGUCAUUGUUGCUUUGGUUAUUGCACUUACAUAUUUGAACUAUAGAGGUUUAACUAUUGUUGCUUGGGUUGCUACAGUUUUAGUGAUAUUUACUCUCCUUCCUUUUCUAAUUAUGGGAGUUAUCGCGCUUCCUAAGUUGGAGCCUUCAAGAUGGUUUGUUGUGGAUUUAGAAAAUGUACAAUGGGGAUUGUAUCUAAAUACACUUUUUUGGAAUUUGAAUUAUUGGGAUUCAGUGAGUACUAUGGCAGGGGAAGUGGAGGAUCCUGGCAAAACAAUUCCUAAGGCUUUAUUCUACGCACUUCCUUUAGUUGUCUCUGGUUACUUUCUCCCUCUUUUAUUUGGCACGGGAGCUGUUCCGUUGCAUCGUGAUCUUUGGAGUGAUGGUUAUUUCUCGGAUAUUGCUAAGAUCAUUGGAGGAGUAUGGUUAAGAUUGUGGGUUCAAGGGGCUUCAGCUGUGUCAAAUAUGGGAAUGUUUUUAGCUGAGAUGAGUGGUGACUCAUAUCAGCUUUUGGGAAUGGCAGAACGGGGGAUGCUUCCUGAUUUUUUCGCAAAGAGAUGGCGUUAUGGAACCCCUUUUAUCAGUAUUUUAUUUUCUGCAUCAGGUGUUGUGCUGCUGUCUUGCCUUGGUUUUCAAGAAAUUGUGGCUGCUGAGAACUUUAUGAAUUGUUUCGCAAUGAUUUUGGAAUUUCUAUCUUUUGUCAAGUUAAGGAUAAAAUAUCCAGCAGCAUCAAGACCUUAUAGGAUUCCACUAGGAAGUUACUUCAGUUCAGAUAAAAAAGAUAUGCAAAAUAGGACAUCUCAGCAUGCCAAGAACCUACUACAUAUAUAG